AACUGUCCCCUGCUGAUAUGACGAUCGCUGCUGCUGGGUCACACCAUGCUCAAGAGGCAGAAUCCCAGAGCUCCAGAGCACAGGAGGGAUCUUGCAGCCGAUGGAGGAGCUCUGUCCAUGUCUCACAAUGACUCACGCUCUUUUUUCAACUUAUCUCAGCUGGUGCUCUCUGCUGGCCAAAUCAAACCAUCACCAGCGCUCAAACAUUCAAAAAUCACCUACUUUGAAGUAGAGAUUGUUGAUGUGCAAAGCAAGAAGCAGAUCUGCAUUGUGGACAAGGUACCUCCAGCAUCUACCAUUCUUGAUGUGAAACACAAAUUUCACAAAGCAUGUCCUCAGUGGUACCCAUCCCGUGUUGGCCUGCAACUAGAACGCAACGGGCCCUUUCUGAAGGAUUCCACCAGCAUCCAAAGCCUUGCUGUUUCCUCCAUCAUUACACUGUAUUUUACAGACCUGGGUCAGCAGGUUGGUUGGACCACAUUUUUUCUAACAGAAUACACCGGGCCUCUUCUCAUAUAUCUGCUCUUCUACAUUCGCCUCUCGACUAUUUAUGAUCAAGUGGAAAGCAGGAAGAACUUCCGCCACCCAGUGGUUCACUUAGCCUGCUUCUGUCACUGUUUACACUACAUCCGACAUCUUCUGGAGACAUUAUUUGUUCACAAGUUUUCGGAAGGGCACACUCCUCUGAAAAAUAUGAUAAAGGGCUGUGCCUUUUACUGGGGAUUCACAUCCUGGAUCGCAUACUACAUCAACCACCCCCGGUACACGCCGCCAUCAUUUGGCCACAAACAAGUUUCUUACGCUGCUCUUGCUUUUCUGAUGUGUGAAGCUGGAAAUCACUUUAUCAAUGUAGCUUUAGCUCACCAAACCAAUUCAGAAAAUAGAACCUGUUUUCCAAGUCCAACCUACAAUCCCUUUACGUGGCUCUUCCUGCUGGUAUCCUGUCCCAACUAUACAUAUGAGGCUGGGUCUUGGAUUAGUUUCACAGUGAUGACACAAACUCUGCCAGUUGGCAUCUUUGCUUUCCUGAUGGUCAUUCAGAUGUCUCUGUGGGCCCAGAAGAAACACAAGCUGUAUCUGAAGAGAUUUUAUCCAGAAGUGCGGAGAAAAGCAGCUAUGAUUCCCAUCAUCUUCUGAGAUUGUCACCAGAGCUGGAGCCCGAGUGCACUCUUCAAGAGCCACCUCAGAGUAAAUGAGCCAUUUCAUACAGGAGCUAAGUGGAUCAGAGGAAAAACUAUUGGAUAUCUUUUUCAGGAAAUUAACAGUUCAAGGUGAAGAGAUUUUAAUUAAAUGCAAAAAUUUAGCUCUUGAAUUCUUGGUUCCUGCUAAAAGAUAUGAUUUAAUUAGAUUUUCUGUAAUGGAGCUAAUUGAAAAGGGACAAGAAAAUUGCUUAUAUUGAAUGCUAGAUAUUUAGCUGGUGUAAAUGGGCACAGAUGCUGCUAAAAUUAAUGAGCACAACUUGUCUGCCACAUUCAGGUAUGGUAAUUUUAAGGUUCAGUGUUAGAUGUUGAGAAGAGUGUUGGAUUUUUUCAUCAUAAGAUGUUUCACAGCCUUAUUUUUAUUAAACUGCACAGAAAAAGAACAUUCUGCCUCAGCUCCUCUAAAGCAUCACAUCAAAGGAUGACUACUAUGCUGUGAACACUGUUUAGUCUAGCUUCACUAAGUUUUUCUUUUUUUUUUAAAAUCAAAUCUCAUAGCAAAUUGUUUAAUACAAAUUGGCUUAAAUUGCUCACUGCAAAGAGGACUGCCUUUCUUUCUUUUUUAGGUAGGCAGAUCAACCCCACAAUCCCACAAGGGGACUGUUUGUGACCGCUUCCCAUCUUGUAACUAAUUUAAGGCAUAACCUUGGGUACAUCAUUGAGGCUCACUUCCCUUUCUCACACGGAACAGUCUGGAAAUAGCAGAAAACCUUCUGCACUAACAAGUGUGUUAAGAUCCCCUUAAGUUAAGUUCAGUGACUGCAUCCAGACACCAUUCACCUUGCAUGAAGCAGUGUGAAAUCCUUGGGCACAAGGUGAAACAGGGUACAGCUCAUUAUCAAACAGGAAAGAGAUGCCAAAUGCAUUUCAGCCCAUAUCUGAACUGCCUCAGGUGGACACUGCUGACAGGCUUCAGCUCCACUUCAGCUUGGCCAGGCUCUAUCUGCUACUUUGCUUUCCAGGACAUUAUUUUUUAAGGGAUUAUUGUUAUUCAAGCCCUGGAACUACUGAGUAGCUGUCUUUGCAAAUCAGUGGCACCUGUGUCAUGCAGGAGCACAAUUUUAGUAAGUCAAAGCAAAAGAACCAGAGCUGUUUCAGUGGGUAUUAGGAUAUGAAGAGUUAGGGCAUUGAGUCCAGCUUUCAUUUUAUUUCUGUUGCACAUUUAUCAAUAACUUCUGGUGCCCUUAGGCCAGUGAAAAAAAUCUUGCCUAAAGAAUUUUAUAAUCAUUAGAGAAAUACUGGAGUACACCAGCAUGGCAGGCAGUUUGUCUCCUAAAGGUGCUGUUAUCUUUGCUCCAGCUAAAGUGUUCUAACAAAGUUAAUUUGCCUGGUAAAUUGGGUUCACAUCCCUCUUCUAAUGUCUAACUUGCAACACUUAUCCUAUUAGCCACUGUAACUCAGUUCCAUCUUUGUAAUGCAAAUACAUCACUUUCCAUAUUUUUUUAACUUGUAACCUGUGAAAUAAAAUUUUUAUUCCUCUCAACAGAAAACCCUAAUCAAAGUGAAUAUCCAGUUCUCUGACCCAGACUGCUAAUAAAGAUCUAUUUUUGAAAAAUUAUUUUCUGUACUCUUUAAUCAAAUACUUAACCACAAUAUUUUUAAAACUCUUUAUUUCUACACAAUGUUAGAUGUGUGAAUAAAGGCGGUUGUCUGUUUUGUUUUUUAAUCCA